AUGAUGUGCCACAACGGCGAGAUCAACACCCUGCGCGGCAACAAGAACUGGAUGCACGCCCGCGGCGGCCUGCUCCACUCGGAGUACUUCGGCGACGAGACGGCAAACCUACUCCCCGCUUGCUCGGACAACAUGUCCGACUCUGGUAACUUCGACUCAGUGCUUGAGCUCAGCGUCAAGGCCGGCGACCGAGAGAUCCCGGAGGUGAUGAUGUCCAUGGUGCCGGAGGCCUGGCAGGACAACCCGUUCCUCUCGGACGCCAAGGCCGCAUUCUACGAGUACAACUCCUGCAGCAUGGAGCCGUGGGACGGCCCCGCCAUGAUGGCCUUCACGGACGGCCGCUACAUCGGGGCCACGCUGGACCGCAACGGGCUCCGCCCAUCCCGGUACUACGUGACCGACGACGACCGUGUUCUCCUGUCCUCUGAGGUGGGCGUGCUGCCCGACCUGCCGGACGAGAGCGUGGUGAAGAAGGCCCGCCUGGAGCCCGGCAAGAUGUUCCUCGUCGACCUGGACGUGGGAGAGAUCGUGCCCGACGACUUCGUCAAGGAGAAGUACGCCAACCGCCUGCCGUACGCGGAGUGGCUGGAGAAGAACUUGAUCAACAUCAAGGGCUGGACGGAACACAGCCAGGGCGUCGGCACCAAGGUGCCCGGCUUCAACCUCGAGGAUUCUGUGCGGCGGUUCAACAUGUUCGGAUUCACCGGCGAGACGAUGGACAUGCUCCUCAUGCCCAUGAUCAUCGGCGGCCGCGAGGGCCUCGGCUCCAUGGGCAACGACGCCCCCCUGGCCGUGCUGUCCCACACGCCCCGGCUGAUGUUUGACUACUUCAAGCAGCUCUUCGCGCAGGUGACCAACCCCCCCAUCGACCCUAUCCGUGAGGAGAUGGUGAUGUCUCUCGUGUGUCCCGUCGGCCCCGAGGCGAACGGCCUUGUGGUGGGCCCGGAGCACUGCGCCCGCCUGGUGGUCGAGAACCCCAUCCUCACGCUCGAGGAGAUGCAGGCUCUGAAGGACACGGAGUACAAGGGAUGGAAGACGCAGGUGCUCGACGCGACCUUCCCCGUCAGCUCAGGCCCCGAUGGCCUCAUGGAGGCCUUGGACAACAUCUGCAUGGAGAGCUCGGAAGCCCUUCGCGGCGGCAACUGCCAGGCGGUGAUCCUGUCCGACCGCUUGGCCGGACCCGACCGCCUUCCGGUGCCCUCCCUGCUCGCGGUAGGGGCGGUGCACCAGCACCUCCUCACGACCAAGCAGCGGCUGAAGGGGGCCAUCUUUGCCGAGAUGGGCGACGCGCGCGAGGUCCACGACAUGGCCACCCUCAUCGGGUACGGCGCCGACGGCGUGGCUCCCUACAUGGCCUACGAAGCGAUCGCGAAGAUGAACAACGAGGGUCUCGUGUCGGCCAAAGCGAAGGAGGACUACAGCGACCAGGACCUGUUCUCGGCCUACCGCAAGAGCGUCGCCAAGGGCAUCCUCAAGGUCAUGUCCAAGAUGGGCAUCUCCACGCUGCAGUCCUACAAGGGAGCCCAGGUGUUCGAGGCGGUGGGUCUGGCGGACGAGAUCGUCGACCGCUGCUUCACGGGCACGACGUCCCGUCUCCGGGGCACGGACUUCUCGUCGCUCUACAUGGACAUCUGCCGCCUCCACCAGAAGGCCUACCCGCCGAACACGCAGAACCUGCCGCUCCUCGACAACCUCGGGCAGUUCCACUACCGCGAUGGCGGAGAGGCCCACCUGAACAACCCGGAGACUAUGGUCUACCUCCAGAUGGCCGCGCGAAACAACUCUCGCGAAGCUUACAAGAGCUACUCGGACGCUGUCACCUCUGCCACCGAGCGCGUUGCCCUCAGGGGUCUUCUUCGGUUCAAGGACGAGCCGUCGCUGUCGAUUCCCCUGGAGGAGGUGGAGCCGGUUGGCGAGAUCAUGAAGCGGUUCAACACCGGGGCCAUGUCCCUGGGUUCCAUCUCGCGCGAGACUCACGAGACGCUGGCGCAGGCGGUGAACGAGAUCGGCGGGCGUUCCAACACCGGGGAGGGAGGCGAGGACGCCGAGCGCUUCACGGACAACCGUCGAUCGGCGAUCAAGCAGGUGGCCUCCGGGCGUUUCGGCGUGACGUCGAACUACCUCGCCAACUCGGACCAGAUCCAGAUCAAGAUGGCGCAGGGGGCCAAGCCUGGAGAGGGCGGCGAGCUCCCCGGCUCCAAGGUGACCAAGUACAUUGCCCAGAACCGACACACGACUCCGGGGGUGGGCCUUAUCUCUCCCCCCCCUCACCAUGAUAUCUACUCCAUCGAGGACCUGGCACAGCUGAUCCACGACCUCAAGAACGCCAACCCCAAGGGGGAGGUAUCCGUCAAGCUAGUGUCGGAGGUGGGCGUUGGUGUGGUGGCUGCAGGCGUCGCCAAGGCCAAGGCGGACCACAUCACCGUCUCCGGGCACGACGGAGGGACCGGCGCAGCGGUGUGGACGGCCAUCAAGGGGGCCGGCCUCCCGUGGGAGCUCGGGGUGGCGGAGGCGCAGCAGACGCUGGUCCUCAACGACCUUCGCUCGCGCGUGCGACUGCAGACGGAUGGCCAGCUCAAGAACGGGCGAGAUGUCGUUAUCGCGGCCCUUCUUGGGGCAGAGGAAUACGCCUUCUCGACGGCCCCUCUAAUCGCCAUGGGCUGCAUCAUGAUGAGGAAGUGCCACCUGAACACCUGCCCCGUGGGGGUGGCCACCCAGGACCCCAUCCUGAGGAAGAAGUUCACGGGCAAGCCCGAGCACGUGGUUAACUUCUUCUACCUCAUGGCCGAGGAGGUUAGGGAGAUGAUGGCCACCAUGGGCUUCCGGUCGGUGGAGGAGAUGAUCGGCCGCGUGGACAGGCUGGAGAUCAACCCGGACGUGCUCCACUACAAGAGCAGAGGGCUCGACCUGAGUGCGCUGCUCACGCCGGCCACCUCUCUCAACGAGAACCACUCUGGCGUCUCCAAGAGCUUCGAGCAGGACCACGGCAUCGACCAGCGGAUAGACUUUAGGAUCAUGGAGGAGGCGAAGGACGCCCUCGAGAGCAAGACCCCGGUGUCCCUGAAGAUGCCCAUCAACAACCUCGACAGAACCACGGGCACCAUCCUGUCGAACACCAUCUCCACCAAGUACGGUGCGGCGGGCCUUCCCCCGGACACCAUCCACGUGAAGUUCGACGGACACGCCGGGCAGUCGUUCGGGUUCACUCUCGCCAAGGGAGUCUUCCUAGAGGUGGAGGGAGACGCGAACGACUACGUGGGCAAGGGUCUCUCGGGUGGUAAGGUGGUGGUGUACCCGAAGGCCGAGGCCCUGGACAAGGGCUUCGUCGCGGAGGACAACGUGAUCGUCGGCAACGUGUGCUUGUACGGUGCCACCUCUGGUAACGCGUUCUUCCGCGGGUUGGCCGGGGAGCGGUUCUGCGUGCGCAACUCCGGGGCCUUGGCGGUCGUCGAGGGUGUGGGAGACCACGGCUGCGAGUACAUGACGGGCGGCAACAUGGUUUGCCUGGGGCCCACGGGGAGAAACUUCGCGGCGGGAAUGAGCGGGGGAACAGCCUGGAUCUACGACCCUGAGGGCGAGUUCCCUGCCCGUUGCAACAUGGGGAUGGUGGCGCUGGAGAAGGUGGACACCCCCGAGGACAUGGAGGAACUCAGAGGCUUCAUCCAGGCACACCUAGACCACACCAAGUCCACCACGGCCAAGAAGCUGCUCGACGACUUCGGCACGUCCGUCACUAAGUUCGUCAAGGUUAUGCCGCACGACUACAAGCGAGUUCUCGCCGAGAUGGCCGAGGCGAAGGCUAACGGGAUUGACUGGGAGGAGGACGAGGAGGGCAAGUCUAUGGUGGCGUAACCCCCUCCACCGUCCCCCCUCCCCCCGGUGCCACAUAUGUUGACACCGCCGACGUCCCGGCGAUCCGACUACAACGAGAAAUAUUGAGCACCGCGAUAUCAUGUCAUGGUCCGGACGCUAUCCAACGAGCCGGACGGUGUGCUAGUCAGACGAAGGGGGAUCAAGAAGGAGAGGGUGAACCAAGCGCCGAGGAAAAAGCUAAGCGCGAAGAGGAAGUGCUUCUUGAGUAUGUAAAAUUUGGUGUCGCGCGACUUGGGGCGGGGUUGUACCGAUGUAGGUGGAAGCGUGAGGCCAUGUUGAGAGGAUCAAAUGUGCGGCUAGGGUGGCGGAGUGAAUUUUUCCUGCAGGGGUGCAAGGUCGAUAACGAGGGUGGGAGAGCAAGAUUAUGAGCACCGGGGCGAGUUUUGUUGGUGGGACGGAUGGAUGCCUGAUUCCUGUGAGCGUACUUGGUGUCACCUUGUUGCUCUUGAAACUUGUUACUUGCUUCCCCCCCCCCCCCUCUCUCUUUCUCUUGGUCGAUCUGUUGGCUAUGGUGGUUGUUGCUGUUGAUCUUGUCCCACUUGUUUUGGUGCUCCUGGGCAACGUGCACCCUUGGCUCUGCAAAGCAGAAGAGGGGCUAUUUAGUCGCUACGGCGCACGGGCUCCCUCGGCGAGAUACAUCACUAGCUGUCACCUACUUGUUGGUGAGAUGUGUGUUUGUAUGAGGAUUUUGUUGAGUUGCUUGAAGAAAAAAAUGGUGUGUUUUACCCAGGAGGGCGAGCCAGGCCGGAGAGGGGGAGUGGGCGGGGCAGCAAGUGUACAGGGGUAGGGAGGGCGCGUGUCAAUUGAAUGCGAGUACCCUAGGGAAGAGCGAGAGUUUUAACACAAACACAAUGAACGGCACCAGCGAUUGGUGGGAACUCUCGGCGGCCUGCCUGCACGUUAAGAACCAGCCGCUGCUGUAUCUAUCUGCAUGUCUUGCCUGCCGCGGGAUUAAUAGAGCCAGGCCGAUUUUAUUUCGCCGCGUUUCGCUUUCGGCUCUUUGGCUAUUGUGCCCUCUUUGCCGCCUCUCUUCUCUUUACGAUUCCCCCGCUCCCACCCAAGCUUUCGGUCUAUCUAUUUACAAGUAUCUAGUUGGUGAGAAGGGUUGGCGGCGAUAGUGUAGGUUGCUUGAAGGGGGGCGGGGGUACGUUCGUCCUUACACACACUCGACGCCGCCCCCCCCGCUCCCCUCCUGCGAAGGACGGUUUUGCAAACCGAAAGCCGUUGCGUUCGAGUGGAUCGUGUCGGGUAGCGGGUCUUUUUUCGGUGG